AUGGUAAGCCAGUUUAUGCAUUCACCUGGCCGAGAACACAUGGAUGCUGUCUUUAGAAUCCUAAGGUACUUGAAGAGGUCGCCUAGGAAAGGAUUACUCUACAAAAACUAUGGACAUCGUCAAAUAAAAGCCUAUACAGAUGCAGAUUGGGUUGGGAAUGUCAUAGAUAGAAGGUCAACAUCUGGGUAUUGCACCUUUGUUGGAGGAAACCUGGUUAGUUGGAGGAGUAAAAAGCAGAGUGUUAUGGCACAAAGUAGUGCAGAAGCUGAAUUUAGAACAGUGGCUCAUGGAAUAUGUGAAGCACUAUGGGUAGAGAAAAUCCUAUAA